UUUAUGGUUCCCUACAUGCAACUCUCCCAGAAACUCCUAGUCUGUCUUUGUGUCUACUCCCCCACCCCCAAGCCCUGUCCUGCCCCUUCCAGUGUCCCCUGCAGGUCCUUGAGGCAGCUCCAGCUGGGAUGGCCGCUCCAGCAUUUCUAAGGGCCGUGAGGGGCCCAGCUCCAUGGGAGGCACCCUAGGCCUCUGGCGACGACUGUCCAACCAUCUGUGCUCUGCUGCCCUCCAGUCCCCAGGCCCCUCGCCAUGGGCGGCUGCUUCUCCAAGCCCAAGCCAGUGGAGCUCAAGAUUGAAGUGGUGCUGCCUGAGAAGGAGAGAGGCAAAGAGGAGCUGUCAGCAGGAGGGAAGGGCAGCCCCCGGGCCUACCAGGGCAAUGGCACUGCCCGCCAUUUCCACACAGAGGAGCGUCUGCCUGCCCCGCACCCCUACCCUGGUCCUCAGGACUGCGUGGAGGCUGCCGUCUGUCAUGUCAAGGAUCUGGAGAAUGGCCAGAUGCGGGAAGUGGAGCUGGGCUGGGGGAAGGUGCUGCUUGUGAAAGACAAUGGAGAAUACCAUGCUCUAGGCCACAAGUGUCCGCACUAUGGCGCACCCCUGGUGAAAGGCGUGCUAUCCCGGGGCCGGGUGCGCUGCCCUUGGCAUGGUGCCUGUUUCAACAUAAGUACCGGAGAUCUGGAAGACUUCCCAGGCCUGGAUAGUCUGCACAAGUUCCAGGUGAAGAUUGAGAAGGAGAAGGUGUACAUUCGGGCCAGCAAGCAGGCCCUGCAGCUGCAGCGAAGGACCAAGGUGAUGGCCAAGUGCAUCUCUCCAAGUGCUGGGCACAGCGGGAGUACCAACGUGCUUAUUGUGGGUGCAGGUGCUGCUGGCCUGGUGUGUGCGGAGACACUGCGGCAGGAGGGCUUCUCAGACCGGAUCGUCCUGUGCACACUAGACCGGCACCUGCCCUAUGACCGUCCCAAGCUCAGCAAGUCCCUGGAUGCACAGCCUGAGCAGCUGGCCCUGAGGCCCAAAGAGUUCUUCCGGGCCUACGGCAUCGAGGUGCUCACGGAAGCCCAGGUGGUCACUGUAGACGUCAGAAACAAGAAAGUUGUGUUCAAGGAUGGUUUCAAGCUGGAGUACAGCAAGCUGCUGCUGGCACCAGGAAGCAGCCCUAAGACCCUGAGCUGCAAAGGCAAAGAGGUGGAGAACGUGUUCACCAUCCGGACGCCUGAGGAUGCUAAUCGUGUGGUGAGGUUGGCCCGGGGCCGAAAUGCUGUUGUUGUGGGAGCUGGCUUCCUAGGGAUGGAAGUGGCCGCCUACCUGACAGAGAAGGCCCAUUCUGUGUCCGUGGUGGAGCUGGAAGAGACACCUUUCCGGAAGUUCCUGGGGACCAGGGUUGGUCGUGCCCUAAUGAAGAUGUUCGAGAACAAUCGGGUCAAGUUCUACAUGCAGACAGAGGUGUCAGAGCUACGGGCCCAGGAGGGAAAGGUGGGCUCUUAUCUUUCCUCACCACUAUGUCCCAACCCUCUUCCUGUGCUUGGAGGUAAGGCCCGCCUAUUCACCUCCUUCCACUCCCCACAGCUGAAGGAGGUCGUGUUGAAGAGCAGCAAGGUCCUGCGGGCUGAUGUCUGUGUGGUGGGCAUUGGUGCGGUCCCCGCCACAGGCUUCCUGAGGCAAAGUGGCAUUAGUCUGGAUUCCAGAGGCUUCAUUCCUGUCAACAAGAUGAUGCAGACCAAUGUUCCUGGUGUGUUUGCUGCUGGUGAUGCUGUCACCUUUCCCCUUGCCUGGAGGAAUAACCGGAAAGUGAACAUCCCACACUGGCAGAUGGCUCAUGCCCAAGGGCGCGUGGCAGCCCAGAACAUGCUGGCGCAGGAGGCGGAGAUCAGCACUGUGCCCUACCUGUGGACGGCCAUGUUCGGGAAGAGCCUUCGCUACACAGGCUACGGAGAAGGCUUUGACGACGUCAUCAUCCAGGGGGAUCUGGAAGAGCUGAAGUUUGUGGCUUUUUACACCAAAGGUGACGAAGUGAUCGCCGUGGCCAGCAUGAACUACGAUCCCAUCGUAUCCAAGGUGGCUGAGGUGCUCGCCUCAGGCCGUGCCAUCCGGAAGCGGGAGGUGGAGACUGGCGACAUGUCUUGGCUCACUGGGAAAGGAUCCUGAGCUCCCAUACAGUGGACCUGGGCAGGCAUGCUGGAGCACCAGGGUCAGAAGCCAAGCCUGGGGGACAGGUGCCAAUCUCCAAUUUUCCAGCAUCCCCCAGGGUAGAAUCUGAGCCCUCUCAAUGCUUGCCUUUAACUGCCUGGCUCCCCUUCAGAGAGGUCGCUGAUGCCUCCAGAAGAUGUUCAUUCCCCAAGGCCGCAGCUGCCAUUGGCAGCUGGUACUUCAAAAAGGACAGGCUCUGUCUCUCCUCCCUCUUCUGGUCCCCAAGGGGUCCCUAUGACAUGCUAGAGAUUAUCUUAAAAUUAAAAUGCACACAUUUGAAGAUCUGUGUGACUCUCAGUGUAAUUGAGCUAACUCAAGAGGGACAAAGAAAAUCAUAAGGAAAGCAAGCACAACCAAGGAAGUUUGGCAUCUGAGUACCCAGGAGGCAGCAACAGAUUCCCUCCAGUCUGCAAGGUCAGGGGAAACUAGUAAGAGAUUUUUGGAUCAGGAUGUUGAAGAAAUGGGGCUUCAGGUAGAUCCUUCUACGGCACAUGAAAGGGGCUUGAGAUAA